UUUACAUCGCUAGAACCAUUACACGCGUACACACGAUAAAGGAAACAUCACUUGUUAGAGUGGAAAAAUACUCCACUAUUUACAUACAACAACCUGUUGUGUGAUUUUCCUCUAUACAUUAAUGGAUCGUAGAUCGUAUUAGGAUAUACAUUUAUUAUAUAUUUCAUCCAAGUGGAAUAUAGGAUUAACUCUAUUCCACCGUUUUACUUUUGAAUAAGGAGAAAUUCAAUGAUUCUGGAAUUACCACCGGUUAUGCCAGAAUCGGGAGGCGAGGUAGACCUACUACCCCCCUCAACUCUGACCACGGACAUCCUGCCGUGCCGCAGAAGACUGGGGCUGAGGCUGGACUUCGGAGCAGACGACUAUACCUGUGUGCCGAAGAGGUGCAAACUAGAGUCCAUGAAUAUCUCCAUUAGUCAUGUUAGUGCUCUUAACAAACUCAACGCGAGUAACAACAAUGUGAACGCUGUCUUCACGGCUAGGACCAUGCCACCUCAGGAAUUAGCCUCCAGGAUGAACAAAUCUCGGACCGUUCUUGUGCUGGAUUGCCGUCCGUUUGUGUCUUACAAUAUCGCUCAUAUUCAGGGUGCUGUGAAUGUGAACUGUUCGGACAGAUUCAACAGGCGAAGACUCCAGCAGGGAAAGGCCAGUAUUGUGGACCUUGUCGCCUCGAAAGAGGGCAAAGAUAUGUUCAAGAAGAGGAGUUCUAAGGAAAUUGUUAUUUAUGAUGACCAUACGAAGGACGUUCAGUCACUCAGCUCAGAAUCUUCUAUGUAUCUUGUGCUAUCUUCACUAUUAAGAGAGGGCAAAGAUGCCUACAUCCUUAAAGGAGGAAUCGAAGAAUUCAGGAACAAACAUUUGGAUCUCUGUGAUAGUAGCAUUAAGUCUCAGGAGGCGCGCCCCCUGUACAGCCCCACCACCCCUAUCAUUGAGCCCCAGAUCGAGACGGCCACAGCCUCCCAGAUACUUCCGUUUCUCUACCUCGGCAAUGAAAGAGACGCAGCCAAUCUGCAGAGACUUCAAGAUUUGAAUAUCACCUACGUCCUCAAUACAACAUCUCAUAUACCCAAGUACUUUGAAAAUCAGGGAAUCCAUUACAAAAGAAUACCCGCCUCAGACAGCGGUUGCCAAAACUUGAAGCAGUAUUUUGAAGAAGCUGCCGCAUUUAUUGAUGAGGCAAGACAAAACGGUGCUAAUAUUCUAGUCCACUGUCACGCAGGCGUAUCACGAUCUGCAACCAUCACCAUUGCUUACCUCCUCAAGCACACAAAACUCUCCAUGAUGGAUAUUUAUCGUUUGGUUAAAGGAAAGAGAAGCAUAAUCUCCCCCAAUUUCAACUUCAUGGGCCAACUGAUGGAGUAUGAGCAAGCGUUAAACAAUGGACUGUGUGAGCGUUCUGUGAUCCCAAGUAUUAUUCCGGAGGAAAGUAGCGUAUGACGUCACACUUCAACAUCCGGAAAAGAUUGUGGUUUUUCUAAGAAUCUUGAGUCACUCGAAAGUGAAAGAAAGCGUUUUUUUAAACUGACCAAGUACUUUCAUUUGUGCAAUAAAAAAGUUAAAAAAAAAACAUGGGCCAAACACAAGAACAAUACUCUUGAAGUGAAUUUAAGAAACAUUCCAACGAUAGACUCAUUGUGUCACUGUCCUGCUCAUCAAUAGCAUCAUCAAGAAAUCCAAAAUAGUCUAUGACCUGAGACUAGGGGAAAGGGGGGAGGGGAGGGAAAUACAUUGUUCAGUGUUUUUUUCUCAUUGUCACUAGUCAUUUACCGUUUUUCUUUGUGAAAAUAGUAAUUUGUUUGUAUUUAGUCACCUUAGGACCUUGUUUCCUUAAUGUUAGGUGCUCCAAGAUCCUGCGAUUUAAGACGCCAAGUGUGUGUGAUUCAUGCACCGCGAAUCCGUAAAAUGCUAAACGCAAAGGGUUAAUCUCCCUGUGUGUACCUCGGCUAGCAGGAUCAAACCAUCUGUUAUUUAAAUAACACGAUUAAUGAAUGUAUAAAAAGGGAACGCACAUUAGUAAUAAGAAACACAUACAAUUCAACCGCAAACAGGUUUUUCUUUCUUUUCACCCUCCAAAUUACAACGUAUGUCUUGUCAGACAAGCAUAUAUAUGUAACCGACAAUUUUUUUCCCCAUGAGAAAAAGCUUAAACUACGAAAAUUUAACGUGAUUCUAGCUAUAGAGGAGAAAAUAAAAUUAUGAUUGAAAAAUUCAACGAUUAAGUUUACCAUACUUAAAAGAAAAAUACACCCAUAUAUAUAACUAGAGUGAAAACGGAACUACCUCAGUGUGUGCUAGUUGCCUGUUGGUACAUUGUAUACACACCUCCAUGCUAUUUUAUUCACUACUAUCACCACUAAUGCCUUGGAUUCAUCCCACUAUGCACCCACAUAAUGAACAACUCGUCAAAAUUCUAUGUUGUUGCCAUUUCUUUGUAAAUAAUUGUUUGUUUUUUUUUUAAUUAUUUAACCAUUCCGGACGAUGACAUUUAUACAGAUUAAGACAUUUUUUCUUUGUUAGUGCGUUUGUUCUAAUUAUGUCCCCUUUCAUGUUUUUUUAUGGAAUUUUUUUUUCUUUCUCUCUCUCUCAGAAGAAAUAUCAAAAUGUUAAUUUUUUCAUCACGAAAGAACAAGCGUGAAAUAUUAACAUUCCAGUCAGGAAGUUUAAAUGUUGUAAAUUUUACGGUACCAAUUAAAAAAAAAACACUAUAGUAUGCUGCACAUAUAUAUGGUUGUCUCAUUUAAUUCAGUAAUGGUCAGGAAGUGCCUUUAUUAUAACAUUUUUGUUUAUAUAUUUGAAGAACAAAAAACGAAUUAGUUGCUGGACAAUAUAUGUUUAAAGAUUUAUUUUGACGUAGACUUUGUUCAAAUGAAGGGAUUACUUUAACUGUAUAUUUGUUGUUGUAUGAUAUGACACUUUGGGCAGUCAUGUGAUGUGAUCCAAAGGUCAUAGGUCAAGAUUUGUUCUGUGAAGAAAAUGGAAUAAAAAUGAAACAAAAACUCA